AUGAAUAUUGUAAAGACAAUCAGAUAAGCAUUCCAAUUCUCAAGAGUCAGAUACUUUGUCUAACAGAAGGACCCAAGAAUCAAUGCCGAUUAUCUUGACUCCAAAGAAACCAAAAUACCCAAUGUUUGUUCAAACCCAGAAAAUAUUAAUGAAGAUGCAGAACAUAGCAAAGUCACACUCUAAGGGAAGGAUGUCAAAUCUUAGGAAAAGUAAAUUACAUUCAUCAUUCUCUAGAUUAAGAAUCAAAGCAAAACUUAAAAAUUGUAAAGAAAUUAAUGGAGUCAUUGCAUAUAUUUGAUGCUGAUUAUAUAUAUCAAGUCAUUAAACAUACCCC